UUCAUGGAGUGGUGUGGUUACGUCUAUCACUCACCACCCAUUUUCUUAAGGUCACCCCCGUUAUCUCGGUUUUCCCUUCCGAUUCUUCCUUCACCAUUUGCUCCGUUAAAUCACUGUCUUAGUGUUCUAUCACUGUGAUUUUGAUUCCCUCCUUUAAACAAUGAACAAACAUCAACAGAGUUUCACGGCGGCGAAGAACGGUCUUUCGCCGGCGACCGCCGACCAAAUAUAUGAACGGCGGAAAACUCCGACGAACAUACUGUCUCUAGACCCCGACAUCGUGUGCACCAUUUUCGCUCUCCUCGACAUGUUCGACCUCGUUCGUUGCUCCCUCGUUUGCAAACUCUGGAACGCCAUCGUCGAGUCCCGCUCACUGCGAGAGUUUUGUGAGAGGAACAUAAAGAAUUCAUCGUCUGAAUUUACCGAAAAGCCCUUGAGGGUCAUUUUAGGAGAGAUGGUUAUGGAGCAGCAUAGAUUGGCUCUUCUAGAUGGUGGCUUUUACGUUGAUCAGUGGAAGGGUCAUUCAACAACGGUUGCUCAGUGCCGAAUGAAAAUGGGCGUGCUAGGUACUGGCGUGGGUGAUAAGGUAUGGGUGGCAUUUUAUCUUCUAUAUUUCCAAUUUCUGAUUCUUGAAAGGUUUCCUUUUCCCUAAGCUGCUGGCAUAGAA